CUUCGCUUGCUGAUGCUUCCGUUUCUUCCCAUGUCUGCAGUAAUAUAGACCGAGCCCGCUUUGCCAAUUCGGCGUGUACCACCUUGUUUCUUUUAGCCCGCCAUGGACGACCACCGCUUCCGAUCGCAGACGUCCCCCAGGAACGACUCGCCAAUGAACUCGCUUGUCUCACCUCCUCGCAAUGGCUCGAGACUGCCUGGGCCCCAGGUCGCCUACGAUCAUCGCUCCAAUCUGCCUCGACGCUUCACCACCGACUCGGGCCGUAUCCCGACCCUGAACUCCAUGGCCUCCCUGGCAUCUCCUCCCCAGGGACCCGAACAGCCCCAGGACUACAACACUAUGCACAAAGUCCAAUUGAUAGAGAAGAAAAAGAUCGAGUAUGAACGAAUCCGCGAACAGAGACGACGCUUCGAGCUCGAGAUGCAAAAACUGGAUCAGCAGCAGCGCCGCGAAGCUCUCGAGCUGGCCCAGAUGGAGGAGGAGGUGGGUAGAUUGGGCGGUCACCAGUCCGAGCCCACCACGCCCCCCGAGUACCGCGACAACAACUCCGGCUUUCCCUCCAUGUUCUCCCGCCCGAACCGCUAUUCGACGUCAAGCUUGACCUCCCCUCCAGGCCUGUUUAACCGCCCCGCUCGAUCCGGGUCGCAACUUCAAUCUCCCCAGUCUGGGAUCAUGCAGACUCGCUUCGGGUUCGAUGAUCAGCAGAUGCCUUCGCGCUCUGUCCCGACCACGCGCAGGAAUAGUGACGAUGAGAAAGAGGAGGCCGUCCGCCAGGACCCCACCAGCCAUCGCGCAACCAAUGCGUAAGUCCCCGCUUUUCCUUUAUGUCUUGCAGGACCUUAUCACUCUGCUUGUGACGAGCUCGCCCGGGCUUUCGAGGGUGGUGGUGCCUGUGAGCUCGCCGUGGCCUGGAGUAGCUGUGGGUUAAGUCUCAUAGCACUCACGGCGGUUCACGCCACCUACUAACUUCGAAUUCCUGACUGGUUGGUUCUCGCGCGAGCAUUGCUAGGCUUUGAAUGAUGAUUUGACUCUCAAGGUACGAGUCGAAAUUGUGGAUUCGUGCCUGUGAUUGUCUUGCUCUAUCAAAAGG